ACACUCAAACGAGGCCACGUGAAGAUCGGUGUUGUAAUAUUUUAGAAUUUUAGCCGGUAUUUUGUUAUAUUUUUUGUGUGAAAUGGGUAUUUUGGAAAGGAUUGCCGACAUAGAAAGUGAGAUGGCACGAACUCAGAAGAACAAGAAUACAAGCCACCAUCUUGGCUUGCUGAAAGCCAAACUCGCUAAACUCAGGAGGGAGCUUAUAACACCGAAGAGUGGCGGAGGGCCAGCUGGAGAAGGCUUUGAUGUGGCUAAGACUGGUGAUUCAAGAAUUGGAUUYGUUGGUUUCCCCUCUGUUGGAAAAUCAACCCUACUCACCAACUUGGCUGGAGUGUAUUCAGAAGUUGCAGCUUAUGAAUUUACUACUCUUACAACUGUCCCAGGUGUGAUUAGGUACAAAGGUGCCAAAAUCCAGCUGCUUGAUUUACCYGGAAUUAUAGAAGGUGCCAAAGAUGGUAAAGGAAGAGGCAGACAAGUCAUUGCUGUUGCAAGGACAUGCAAUUUAAUAUUCAUUGUCCUUGAUGUGCUUAAACCACUUGGUGACAAGAAAAUCAUUGAGAAAGAACUAGAAGGAUUUGGUAUCAGGUUGAAUAAGACACCUCCUAACAUUGGGUUYAAGAAAAAAGAAAAAGGAGGAAUCAAUUUACAAACCACGUGCACUCAAAGUGAACUUGAUCUAGAUACUGUUAAGAGUAUCCUAGGCGAAUACCGUAUCAACAAUGCUGAUGUUACUCUAAGAUAUGAUGCUACUGCUGAUGAUUUGAUUGACGUUAUUGAGGGAAACAGAAUUUAUAUACCUUGUGUUUACUUGAUGAACAAAAUUGACCAAAUCUCAAUAGAGGAACUGGAUCUCAUCUAUAAAAUCCCCCAUGCUGUACCGAUAUCAGCACAUCAUAAGUGGAAUUUUGAUGACUUGCUAGAGAUGAUGUGGGACCGUCUUGGUCUUAUCAGAAUCUAUACAAAGCCUAAAGGUCAAUUACCAGACUACGAAUCACCUGUGAUUUUGAGAAGUGGUGGCCAUACUGUGGAAGACUUCUGUAAUCAGUUACAUAAAAGCCUUAUGAAAGAAUUCAAACAUGCUGUUGUUUGGGGUGCAUCAGUGAAGUACAGUCCUCAAAAGGUUGGCAAAGACCAUGUUCUUGUGGAUGAAGAUGUGGUGCAAAUAGUCAAAAAGUAA